AUGUGUGCGGCAGCGCGCACUUGCAUCGUCACUCAAAACAGUUUUUCUGAGAGCGAACAAUUUCGUCCGGAUCCGGCCGGAAAAGUAACAAAAAUGCACAGAUUACUCUCCAAAUCGGCUCUCAGUUCAAACGGAAAAUGUAUUCAAACUUAGCGGAAUUAUACACAAAACGUCACAUUGUGCUUGCAGACAGCUCCGAAAUAUCGCUUCCUGGAAGCUCCGGAGACGGUCCUUCAGAUCUAUCUUCUGAUGAACACAGGAGAUGCAACAGUUACUGAUAAUGGCGCUGGAAAAACUACAAAAUAAACAUUUUAGGCCGGAAAAGGAAACACAAUAUAACCUUCGAUCGAAUUGACACCAGCUCAACUUCAACCGAAGAAUUCGAAAGUCCGCACAAGUUCGAUGGAAUUCCGGAGAAAAUUAUUGAUGGCGUUCCUUUCAAAGUAUUUCCGUAGUUAGUUAGUUCAGUGAACACUUCUUCGUUGCAGGGUUCGCCGUUCAUUGCAGACAAACGUGAAUGGGACCAUCUCCUCGUUUCGGGUUCGAUUCGUAAAAAGCUCUACAAGCGAUCUGCUGAGAUUGUACGCUUUGAUCAGUUCUCACAGUUCCGUACACAUAGUACUAAGUUAAUAAAAACGAUAAAAAGUGAUCCAGAACUGAACGGUUAUUUCGAUUAUAAAUUGUCAAACCAGGAGAAUAAGAUCAAGACGUAUCGUUUUUUGGGUGAACGUUGUUCCGAAUCCAUCAAUGGUUUCCAACGGGAAGAAGUGAAAAUCACUUUGCUCGAAGAUUCAGAGUGGUCUGGAAGCGAAGAACGCAUUAAAGUGUAAGCGACACUUUCGAAUUUUUCAGCACAAAAUUGUUCCAGCUACUCUAAAAUGAAGAAAGAAAAGAGCAGAAUCAAGCAACCGCCAAAGUGAGUCAGUCAACUAUCAUUCAAAAAUAUUCAUAAUCUACUUUCAGAGAGCUAUUUGAGUACGCCAAAAAUGGAUAUCAGUACAUGGCUCCGAAGAAACGCAUUGGGAUUACCCGAAACAUCACGUGCAAUAUUUUUGACAUUGUUCCUGUUUAUUCGGAUGUGCCAGGCGAAACUCUUGAGACACUUGAUAUUCCGAGUACCUUUGUCUACAAGUACAAAGACGAGAACAUGAUCAACGCGAAGACUGAACCAGAUUUGAUGCUGGCUUCUCAAAUGGCAUUGCAUGAGCAAAACAUGGUAAUUGGCUCUUUUUGACAAGAGAUCGUUCAAAACGAACACCCAGAUUCGCUGCGAUUGCUGCUCCAAAGAUCCGAUCGUCAAGUGCUAUGAAAACCCAGACUGUCCUUGCUUCAAAUUGAAUAAGAAGUUGCAAAGGCUGCAAAAAAAGUUGAGAGAAGAUGCGGAGUCAACUGAAUUCGUGAGUGUCAAUGAAAAUAAAUAUAAGAAUUUCACUUUUUUCCAGAAAACCUUCAAACCAAUUCUAUUUGACUCUUCGCAAAAUGUUUUCUACGAAAAUGUUGGGUUUGCGUGCUCUGAAUCAUGCGGCUGCAAGGGAAGAUGCGAUAACAACAGCCUUCUAUUGCUCCAUAAGAAGAUUUUCCCAUUUGAACUGUACCGCUCAAACCCUAUUCUCGGGUUUGCUCUCCGUUCUUAUGUAAUGAUCCCAGCUGGGACACCGAUCAUGGAGUUCACCGGCGAAAUUAUCGCCCAAGAGCGGCUGCAUUACGAUAAUCAGGACUACGCUUAUCAGGCGACUUACACAGAAGAUUGUGCGUUCAAAGAACUGACGGAUGAGAUGGAGUGGACGAAGGAAUACAGGGCGCUGCUCAAUAAACUGCACCGUUCCAACUAUUUCAUCGACCCGAAGAAGUUCGGCAACAUUGCACGCACUGCAUCUCACUCGUGCAUUCCCAACACGGAUAUCCUACGUGUCUACCAGAAAAGUCUUUCCCCGGCUCAUGUUCGUCUCGUCAUGAUCACGUUAAUAGAUAUCUAUCCAGGAAUUCCAGUAUGCUCUGUUUUUGAACGGUUUUGAUUCUUAAGAACCUCAUUUUCUUUUUAUAGAUUACACUGGAUUAUGGAACACAAUAUGUUACAACCCAACUGAAGGACAAAUGUAUGUGUGGCACGUUCGCUUGCCACAACGGGAAACACUUUGAGAAAUUCAAAAAAUUGGACUAUUCGGAGGUAAUUGCAAAGAGAGCAACGAAUAGUCAGAAUUUGUUAAUUUCAGCUGGCAAUGUGCGUCUCUUUCAUUUCGUCGAUCGAAUAUGACAUAUAUGUUAACGAAGUGGUGAAAAUCAGUAAAGAAAAAGCUGCCAAGAGGAUUUUCGAAUCACCGGACAUCGUAGAGAUCCCGUAG